UGUCAGUGCCCAAACUGCACAUACUUGCGGGUUUAUAACCUAUAAUUGUAGUGUUUUUCUUUUAAAAAUAAUUGUUUUGGUGACAUAAACUUAUUAUUUUUCUUUAAUAGCUCAUCAUCUUAAUAAUUAUUGUUUCGAAACUCUAACGAUGGAGACGGCUGAGUUUGAUGCCACUUUAGGUGGAACUGAACAUCUACCAUAUGCGGCAAAUAGUUUUAAAUUUACAGCAUCUAGAAGUGUAGAAAUAGCUGCAUUAUCUGAAAGCAUUUUAAAACCUAGUAAAAAUAAGUUGGUGUUCCAAUCAUUACCGGUGCAUAUGCGACGCCGGGUAAUGAGCCACAACAGUAAGAGACUACCUCGUAGGCUACGAAAAGCGCACUUGGAACAGUUAAAAAAGAGUGGUCAACCUCCGCCACAGAAGCGUCCAUCUAGGAAACACAGACGACGUCCAGCCAAUCUGUUGGAUGAAUACAAUAGACGGCAAAAUAGAAAUGUUUGGUUAGAAACUCACAUAUGGCAUGCAAAGAGGUUUCACAUGACAGAACGUUGGGGUUAUCGCCUUCCAUACGCCCCAUGCGAUAAGGCUUUCAGAGCCUGCUAUAGAGGUAGCUCUGCACACUGUCUAAUGCAAGAUAUAUCUUACUAUGUACCAAUUCAAGUAAAAGGACCAUUAGAUGAAAUCCGAGAAAUGUUUGCAAAGAUUACUAGCAGUCUAUGUGGCCUGAGUAUCUGUGCCAAGGCAUAUGUUAGUGGGUGCAGGCAAGGAAACAUCCAUCUCUAUGGUGUUAAUACUUAUCCAUACAAUUACAUAGGAAAAGUGCAAUUUUUAUGGGUUUCAAGUAACAAUGAUGAUAAAACUCUGUUGCUCUUUGUGCAUCCAUCUCAAGUGAAAGAAGUAGAAUCAAUAUUGUUAGAUAUAAUGCCAGAUCAAGACAUUCUGAGAGAAGAAACUUUUAAAAAGAGAAGAAAAGUAUCCAACAUUGACAUAAAAAUAAUGCCUUCCAGUUUUAACAGGUUUCGUUUAACAGGACCCAAUAGUCAUGCAAUAUUGGUACAAAGCUUGAAAUGCAUAAAUAAUAAGAGUCUGAAAAACGAUAAAUGGAUCUCAAUUCAUGAACCCCAGUACUUACAAGAAAAGGAAGAGUAUUGGAAUUCUAUUAUGAAUGCUGGCUCACCUUCACAGUUACCGCCUAAUAUUGUUGUUGGUUUAGUUGUAAAAGAUCCUCGUUUGAGCCGACCUUCAUACCGCACUAAAGCUAAGCUAAACUCUGACUCAACUAUCACUGUAGACACAUUACUCACAGUGCCAUCUUUUCUGUCAAUCUCUCCACUGUGGGAUGUCAAAAUACAUGAAGCUAUAAAAGAAGAAAGAAUGAGCAACGGACAGUUUAUAAAGCAUGUGACUGAAACUCAAUUGGUUCCUGGUGUGGUAAAUGAAGAUGACCCAGCUUGGCAUAGCAUCCCUAUUGUUCUGAUACAGAGGCCUGGUUCACAGAAAUCAGAAUAUAAAAAAAUUGGAUAUGGCAGCGGGUGGGAUGUGAUAGUACCAUCUGGUUAUGCACUACCCUUUUGGUUGACAUUCAUAAUGUUUGGAGCAAGGUCUGGAGGCUUACGAGAAUCUGAAAGCGUAGCAUUCGAAACUGGGGAAUGUUAUCUACCUCCAGACUCAAAUGCAGGAAAAGGCAAUGAGAAGAGAAUUGAACAGGAAUUAAGGGACAAGUACUUUAGAUUACCACCAAGCAAAAGAGUCAAUUAUAUAAAAUUAGGCAUUAAUAGCCCUUUUAAUUGCCCUUGGAAUAUUUUGCUUAGUGAUUGGAGUAAUCAACAAAUAAAUGAGUACUACAUAUUACGAAAUAGAGUUUUACUCAAUGAUAUACAGGACUGUAUAACAAAAAAAACAAGUUUACCAAAUAUAGAGAAUGCAACAUCGUGUUUAGUACCUGUUUACAUAAAAUUGGUUGAAAAAGGCAGCUUGAAAAAUCAUGCACAAAUAUGUUUACCUGAGUCAAGUGAUCUGAGUAACAUAAAAACAUUAUUUGAACCUCACCACAAUGACUCCAAUGAAAAGAUUAGAAAAUUAAACCGCACUGCACACAUUGAAAAGUUAAAAAAGCUGCGUAAACGUAAUAUGAGACUAAAAAAGAAAAAGUUGCAGCCUGUCCAGAAAAAGGCCCGAAAAGACAUUCGACGACAGCCAUCAGAGUAUGUCUUAAAAACAAGAGAAUUGUGGCUUCCUUCUAAAAUAGAAACAGUGCGCCACAACAAUUCUAGACAAGUCAUGGGUUAUAUUUCACAAGGAGCUUUCAGUUUUACGGAAGCUUGCAGUUGCGGAAUAGGCUACAUAGCUUAUAACGCCUUAAAUACGUUGCUAGAUAGCAAACACAACCAAGUCCUUGUAAGAAAUACUACCUCACGAAAAUAUAGACUUGCCAAUAUACUUAUCACACAAAACGCUUAAUAAAAACACUAUUAAAAAAU